AUGUCCAGAAAGCCGGAUUUGGAGGAACCCCCCAUCGAAGAUGAGCUAAAACGGUCGAGAUCGUUGUCGAAAUCGCUAAAGGGACUUUUCAAGUCAACUUCACCACCCAGGAAACCACAUGGGACACCAGAAAGUGGGACUGCGGGUGUCAAAACUGCGGACAAGCUUAAGAAGCUGGCCAAAAGUAAAGAAAUGGAGCUGGAGGGAAAGAGAAGAGACCACGCAGCUGGGUCGCCAGCGAAAAUGGGAGAAACGCCAUUGCCUUCGCCGGCGGUGACCCAUAGGCCUCAAAACGGUGUCGGUGCCAAAAAUGGUAAGCCCCACUCAUAUGUGCAGGACUUUGGGAAACUAGCAGUUUCUAAACCUUUGGAGGGUGACAACAUAUCCCAGGAAUCUGUAAUCAGCGACGACGACCCGAAACUAAGGACCAAGUCCUCGUAUGUGGCUAAGCAGCCCAAAUACGCGGAUUCUUUGUCCGACGAAGGUGAGGAAUCUGACUAUUUUCAUUUUGCAUCCGGUGGAGCUGCUGGCCACGGCCAAAGCGUUGAGGAAACUACGAUAGACAAUGAGUUAGCCAAAGACCCAGACACAAUAAGACGUGUCAAGAGUUUACAAAGGCGGAGCUCGAAUGCGGGUGCAACACCUAGGUCCCGGUCGCUCUCCUUUUCAUCCCGUUAUAGAGGCAGGUCUCCGACUCAAAGCAGCUCCCAUGUGUUACGAGAGACAUCGGAGAACGAAAACAAUCCAAAAUGCGUCAUGAAAAUUGAUACUUUCAAACUCUUCGAAAAUGGAACACAUAAACACACUUUGAAAGUGACUCCUUUUGUUUCUGAGAAUCAGGAUGACGAUGCCAAAGGCAAGUCCAUGUUUUCCUUAUCUGGAUUUUUCAAGGGCCACAAGGAUGACGAGAAACUCGAGAGCGCACUGUCGCUUUUGCCCAGAACAAGGUUUGAAUUUCACAAGAGACUCAGUAGAAUACUGGAUGAUGAGUUGAAAGACGAAAAUGGCGACCCCGAGGACAAAAAUAAAGAACGUAACAUGCCGAAGCCUGUAAAUCCAAAUGCCGCAAUUGGGUCCGAAGAACUAGGAAUGAUCAAUAAAAUAUCCAAAAAGAUUCACGACGGCGGAGCUAAAGAAGGCGACACUGAUGAACAAAUUGCAAAGAAAAACUAUACACUUUUUCAGAAAUACGGCAAACCAAUUGGUGUUAUAGGUCAUGGUGCUUACGGCGUCGUAAAAGUUUGUUGCAUUGAUGUAGGUACCGUCACUGAUGAACGAUUGGUCGAUGAGACUUAUGUGAAUGGUUCCAAAAUGUACUACGCUGUGAAGAAACUCAAACCAAAGGCCGAUGAACCAAAGGAAAAAUUUGGAACGAGGCUAACGUCUGAAUUUAUCAUAGGCCAUGCCUUGAGUCAAAGAGGAAAUGACAAACAAAAAUCACAUCCAAACAUUUUGAAGAUGCUCGAUCUAAUGCAAACCAACGACGGAUUUGUUGAAGUUCUAGAGUUUUGUCCUUCGGGCGAUUUGUACAGUUUGCUUUCGCGAACGUCUAAAAAUGGUCUACAUCCUUUAGAAGCCGACUGUUUCAUGAAGCAAUUACUUCACGGUGUUCAAUAUAUGCACGACCAUGGUAUCGCACACUGUGACCUGAAACCCGAAAAUAUUCUAUUUGAACCACAGGGAACGUUGAAAAUUUGCGAUUUUGGAACGAGCUGUGUAUUUCAAACUGCUUGGGAAAAACAGGUCCACUUUCAAAGCGGGGCUGUAGGCUCUGAGCCCUAUGUGGCGCCGGAGGAAUUUAUUGCGCAGAGAGAAUAUGAUCCUAGGUUAGUGGAUUGUUGGAGCUGUGGUAUAAUCUAUUGCACGAUGGUCUUGGGACAUUAUCUAUGGAAGAUCCCGCUCAUUGACAGAGACCCAGUCUACGCAUCAUUCGUCGAAGAAAUGCGCAUGAAACGAGAAUACAACGUUUUUGAGGAUUUAAAGCACGUAUCUCCCGAAGUUAACCGCUGUAGAAAACUUUGUCUAUAUGCCAUCUUCCAAUGGAAUCCCGAUAAAAGGACAAGUGUUGAAAAACUACUGCAUAGCAACUGGAUGAAGAGAACAUGGUGCUGUGUCACCUAUAAGAACCCUCGAGUUGCCCAUUGA